AUGGAAGGUUUCAGUCGAGGUGAAGUAGACCGCCUAUUUAGCGCCUUAGUUUUACCGAAUUUCACUGAUGGUCUGACUGUUUUUGGCGCUGUAGACUCAGAUCUCACGGUCAUACAAAACUUUCUGGAUACCGUGUAGCAUGAUAUUUUGCGGGUUCUAAUUUUUUCGAAUUUUGCGGAUUGACCUCGAUCCGCAAACAUUAGUUCCCGCAGAAAAAAAAAACCCGCAAUAUAAAACGCCGCAAAAAUUAACUCCCUUCAGUCAAAUUAAAAACUCUGCUUUUAAUGGACUUACAGUAUCGUAGGGAUAGGCUUUUGUUUUGUUUUGCUGUUGUUCAGUCCCUUUGUGCAGUAAGAUAUUACAGUGAUUACCGUAUUAUUCCCCAUUAAAUAUGCAAGUAGAGUGAACUUUGACUCAACACACUGUAACAUAAAAGUUAAAAAUACCAUAUUAAGGUUUCUUCCACUUAGAUAUUCUGCUACUUGAACAGAGAAUCGUAAAAAUUAGUUCCCACCAGAAAUUUCAGUCAUCUCGAACCGCAAAAAUUCAGUGUUCCGGCAAACCAUAAAAAUCGCCAGUCCGCAAAAUAAAACUCCCCCAAGAUUUUCAUGCUACACGGUAGAUGCUUUAAAGAGGGGGGCGUAAGGGUUUGCGGUGAUGCUGGCCAUCCUCCAGGUGGUGGUGGUUUUGUAUAAGAGAAUGGACAUUCGAGAACUUUUAGAAAAGGCAGAUAAGAAGCUUUCCAAGGUGCGUUCAGUGGAUACCGAUUGUCCGCUUAGUAACAUUAUUCCGAAGAAGAAAGAAACAAAGUAUCAACUUAGAAACAAAACUGCUCAUCGCCCGGAGAUAGAGACUGAGAGAUUUAAGAAUGUAUUUUAUUGUUAA